AUGGCUAGUACCAACUACGCAAUCACAGCGCUCACGUCGUUUGCCACCGCCGCUCUUGCAUAUGCCCUAUGGAAAGUAGCGAAGAUUAUCGCUGGGCCAUACCGAUCAAGCAUACGCAACCUUCGCGGUCCACCGAGCGUCAGUUGGAUCCGCGGCAGUCUUCGCGACAUACAAGCGGAAAAUGCGCACGUCUUGUUCGAAGACUGGCCCCGUGAACAUGGGCCGACCUACACGUUCCAAAACUGGUUGAACUCAUAUGCACUGUUCACGAAAGACCCGAAGGCAGUGACCCAUAUCCUCAACCAUGGGCAGAUAUAUGCGAAGGGACAGAUGGACGCGUUCUUCCUCGGCAAGAUCUUUGGACAUGGACUGCUCACUGUGGACGGUGAUCAACAUCGGCAGCAGAGGCGCAUCAUGAACCCCGCAUUUGGUCCCGCUCAAGUUCGAGAGCUUGCGGAUAUCUUCGUGGAGAAAGCACAACAGCUUCGAGACGUCUGGAAUGAGCAGAUAGCAAAGUCUGAGGCAUCAGCUCCUAUCGAGGUCACUUCUGGAUUGAGCAAGGCGACUCUGGAUGUCAUUGGUCUCGCAGGUUUCAACUACGCGUUCAACGCGCUCGAUCCCAGUGGCAAACCGAACGAGCUGAACGAGGCUUUCACGUCUAUGUUUCAGAUGCUCAAUGACAGCUCGAGUAUCAACUGGCUGCUCAUGCUCAAGUAUGCACUACCCAUUCUGCGGAUCUUCCCUGAUCAGUUCGGCCGGGAGACAGCCGCCGCUCAGGCGGUCACCCGGCGUGUUGGGAUGAAGCUCAUCCAAGAGAAGAAGGCGGAGGUCCUCAAGGCAGCGUCUGGCGGGGCAGACUCUGGUAACGCCUUGCGGAGCCGCGACCUCCUCACAUUGCUCAUCAAAGCGAACAUGAGCUUGGACGUCCCGGAGAACCGCAGACUCACCGAUGAGGACGUGCUUGCUCAGGUGCCCACGUUCCUCAUCGCUGGGCACGAGACCACGAGCUUUGGUACCGCCUUCUGCCUGUGGGCCCUCGCGCAAGCUCAAGACGCUCAGCAGAAGCUCCGCGAGGAGCUCCUCAGCGUAGAAACGGACAGGCCUACCAUGGAGGAGCUCAAUGCGCUUCCGUACCUCGAUGCGGUCGUACGCGAGACACUUCGUGUGCACGCUCCCGUGCGGGCUACGGGCAGGAGGUCUACGCAGGAUGACAUACUCCCGUUGAGCGAGCCUGUGACUGACAGGAAUGGGCGCGUCCACCACCAAAUAAAGAUCGACGCGGGAACGGACGUCACGAUCCCUAUCCAGGCUAUGAAUGUGUCAACGACGAUAUGGGGUGAGGAUGCUGCUGAGUUCAAACCGGAGCGAUGGGAGAAGCCAUCUGAGGCGAUCCAGGCGAUCCCGGGAGUCUGGGGCAACAUGAUGACGUUCCUCGGCGGCUCGCACGCAUGCAUUGGGUAUCGCUUCGCAUUGGUGGAGAUGAAGGCCUUGCUGUUCGUGCUCGUACGCGCGUUCGUCUUUGAGUUGGCGCUCCCAGCAGAUCAGAUCAUCAAGCAGAGCGCCGUCGUUCAGCGACCGUACAUCAAGGGCAAGGUCGAACAGGGCGCUCAGCUCCCUCUGCUGGUGAAGCCGUACCAGCGUAGGUAG